AUGAAGCCGAGAAGAAAUACCAAACAGGUCCCAAGCUUCCGCAAGUUGUUAAAAACAAGUAAAUUAAAACUUGAAAACAAGUUAAAAAACAAACAAUAUAAGCAGCAGAGUACUGUUAAGAAAUACCGAAAAGAACAAAGGAAGCUCAGACAAGCUGUCAAAGAUGCUGCUGCGAAAACACCAGUGCCUUUGGAGGAUUAUAAGAAAAGGCAUCCAGAAAGAGAGGAAGAAGAAACGGCACUUCCUCUUGAUAUGAUGGAUGAAGAUGACCUGAAACUAAUGGAGGAGCUGGCUCAAAAGGCAUCGUUUGUAACCAGAGAUUUGUCUUCCAGUGAGCCAGUUCAUGCCAAGAAACGGAAGCAUGAGACUGUGAUUGAGAAAUACGAGAAGAUGCCCAGGCGCAUGCAGACGGAGCCCGAGAAAGAACUUAUUCAUCUGCUUCCCAUCAAAGACAAAUGUGGAAUUAUUCCACAGACCAUGGAAAAGCCAGUUGUUCAGGAGGAGGAGGAGGAUGAAGAGGGUGAAGUAGAAGCAGCAGCAUUAGUUACGCAAGCUGUUGAAGAACCCUUGCCUGUUCUCACUACCGAAGAACUGUUGGUUCAUAGGAGAGAAAAGCUGCAGGAGAAAAAGAUGCACAUAGCUGCCUUGGCGUCUGCUAUCUUGGCUGAUCCAGAAAAUAACAUAAAGAAGCUGAAGGAGCUGCGAUCAAUGCUGAUGGAACAGGAUCCCAAUGUGGCUGUGAUUGUACGGAAGCUAGUGAUGGUUUCGCUGAUGGAGAUAUUCAAAGAUAUUACUCCUUCUUACAAAAUCAGGCCUUUAACUGAGUCUGAAAAAAACACAAAGGUUAGAAAAGAAACUCAGAAAUUAAGAGAAUUUGAAGAAGGCCUUGUGAGUCAAUACAAAUUUUAUUUAGAAAAUCUGGAGCAAUCUGUGAAAGACUGGAAGCAAAGGAAACUGAAGAAAAGCAAUGUGAUUUCCUUAAAGGCGUACAAAGGCCUUGCAGAGGUUGCUGUGAAGUGCCUGUGUGAGCUCCUGGUGUCCCUGCCUCACUUCAACUUCCACAAUAACAUUAUUGUACUGAUUGUACCACUCAUGAAUGAUGCUUCAAAACAGAUUUCUGAAAUGUGUUGCGAUGCAGUAAAGAACCUCUUCAAGCAAGAUAAGCUCGGCGUUGCCUCAAUUGGGGUUGUGAAAGUAAUUUCUGGCCUUGUGAAAAGCCGGAAUUAUGAUGUUAGACCUGAGGUGUUAAUGUCACUUCUUAAUCUGAGAAUUAAGGAAAUAGAAGUAAAAAAAGAUGCAGAAGACAUUGCACCAAAAAAGAGAUUUAUGUCUUAUAAAGAAAAAAGGAGAAACUUGUCAAGGAUGCAAAGAAAGUGGAAGAAAGCAGAAGAGAAACUAGAGCGCGAACUCCUAGAAGUAGAAGCCUCUGAGAGUACAGAGAAAAAACUAAAACUGCACACAGAAAUCUUGAAUAUUGUAUUUUUAACUUACUUCCGAAUAUUGAAAAAAGCCCAGAAGUCUCCUCUCUUGCCUGCUGUGCUGGAAGGACUUGCAAGGUUUGCUCACCUAAUAAACUUGGAAUUUUUUGAUGACCUUUUGGUUGUUCUGCAUUCUCUGAUUAUGUCUGAGGUACUAAACCACAGAGAGAGCCUGCACUGUGUUCUUUCUGCUUUUUACAUUUUGUCUGGUCAAGGUGAUGUUCUUAAUAUCGACCCUUUGAAGUUCUACACGCACAUAUACAAGACUCUGUUUAAGCUGCAUGCAGGAGCAACCAAUGACGAUGUAGCAAUAGUCCUCCAGUGCCUGGAUGUGAUGCUCACCAAACGUAGGAAACAAGUAUCCCAGCAGAGGGCGCUUGCUUUCAUGAAGCGCCUGUCCACACUGGCUCUCCACGUCCUUCCAAACUCCAGCAUCGGCAUCAUGGCAACCAACAGAACAUUAAUGCAUACUUUCCCAAAGACAGACCUGCUGCUAGACAACGAGUCUCAAGGGAGCGGAAUUUACCUGCCGGAGCUGGAAGAACCAGAAUAUUGUAAUGCUCAGAAUACAGCACUGUGGGAAUUGCAUGUUCUGCGGAGACACUAUCAUCCAGUCGUACAGAAAUUUGCAGCCCAUCUGGUUGCCGGUGCCCCAUCCGAAGGAUCAGGAGCUCUGGGACCUGAACUGAGCCGGAGGUCGCCUGCAGAACUUUUUGAGGCCUACAGUAUGAAAGGAAUGACUUUCAACCCUCAAAUUGCAUCAGUUACACCAAGGAAAAAGGGUGAAAUUUUACGAGGAGAGUCCUUUCUGAAUGAAGACCUGAGAGAACUGUUUCAGACUGAACUUGGAAAAGCUGCUGUCCAAGGACCCCUGGAUUUUGCUAAACACUUAAACGCAGCAGUUUCAUAAAUCUGUUACA